UGCGGGGAUUUUGGCAUCACUUGCACUCAAACUCAAACUCCUACAAAAACCCUCCCAAUACUCUUGACUUUUCAAUCACUCAUAUUCACACCCAUCGGCCUCCAUCCCAUUCUUCACCACCGGCGACGUCGACGAUCACCCCCAUUCUCCCAACUCCUUCACCUGCCCUUCUUCAACUCGCUCUCAACCACUUCAGGCGAGAUAGGGCCGGCCAGUUGAUGGUUAUGUUGCCUGUAACAUAUACAGGCUGUAAUACCGCUGCUGCCGUUGAUGGGCUACCGUCGGCUUCGUUGGCGGAGCAUUCACGACGGAGCAAAAGUAGGUUCAUCAGUAAGCCUUCAUGGCUAUUGCUCUCCAUUUCAGACAUGGAGGAUAAAAUACAAGCAAUCAACGGAGAACACAAACCGGACACAUUUGGGGAGCGGGCUGACUUCUACUACCGAAAACGCCCUGAGCUCUUAGCGUUACUUCAAGACCUCUACAAUCGUUACCUCUAUUUGGCUGAUCGUUACACUCGAACGCUCUCUAAGCAACAAAAACAAGAACAAUUACUUGAACAAGAAUUCCAACAAAUAUGUUCUGGUUUAGAUGAUCGUAUCAACAACACCAAUGUUGAUUAUUCAGAUGCCGAAAGUUCACUUUCUUACCAGCCUCCAACCCCAAAUCACCCUCAAAAACCAAAUAUGUGCGAGUUGGUUAUAUCAGAACUCGUAAUGAAGUUUGUUGAGUAUGAAAUCGCCGUUGAUGAGCUUCAAAGUUUGGAUAUGAUUCAGGAAGAGUCAAAGAAGAAGAUAGAGUUACAACAAAGUUUAUUAGAGGUGUUAGAAUCCGAGCGUGUGGUACUAACAAAUGAAAACUCAAGGCUAGCAUCCGAAUCUUUGUUCAUGAAACGUAAAGCCGGUGAGUUGGCAAGGUGUGUGUUAUUGGAAAGAACAGAAGACCAACGUGUGUUUAUUCUAAGUCGUAAAAUAGAUGAUCUUCAAGGUCAGAUAUACGAGUUAGAGAAAAGGAACAAAGAGUACUACGACAAGUUAACGAAACAACAAGUGGAAGGGAACAAGAAUGAAGGGAAAAAGAACAACAUAAGCAUUAGUAUAAAGAGAUUGAUGGUGAAAAACAAUGAUAGUGGUAGUAGUGGUAGUCUUAGUUGGAGUGGCGGUGAAGAUGAAACCGGUUGUUCGAUGAGUAGCACGAGUAAUAGUAGCACGUGUACUAGUCUGGCUCAGGUAAUGAAGGACAAGGAUAAGAAGAAGAAGCAUUGGAGUGAGAAUGAUGGUGGAAGAAAGGUGGCUGGGUGGUGGAACAAGGUGAAGAAGUUUGAUAUGUUCAUGUGUGGACCACAUCUUGAUGCUACUUGCUGAUAUAUAUCUAUAUCUAUAUCUAUAUCAUAUAUAUAAGUAGGUUAACUUGUAAUCAUCAUGUAUGUUUUCAUAUCUUUUGUUGAAACAAAACUACUAUCUUUAUGGGUUACAUGCUUUGCUGAAAGAAAAGAGAAGAAAUGUUGAAAGUUAA